UGAUUUCACACAAUCACACACACUGUAAAUAAUACCCACACUUAUUAGAAAUUUAGCAACGACCUCGGCUUUAACCAGUAUUAUCGGAUUCUUCCCCCCGUGUUUUCGUCUUCGUCUCGAUCGAGAUUGUUUCUAGCCUGUUUGAAGUGCGAAGAGGAGGCGGCUGUCCCUCCAUUAACCGGUAGUAAUGCGGAGUGAGAGCUGACUUGAACUGAGCCCAUCCGACAAUGUCAAAUAAACACCAUCAUCACUAACAGCGCCACGAGAGCUUGACUGGAAUAAUCUCUCUCCAAAUGCCAUCGAAGGCGGACGGCUGAAACCGGGAUAUUUAAACGUCAGCACUUUAUGUCUGUUCAGUCCAUCCAUCCUAUUAAAAAGGUCAUGAAAUCUCCCACUUCCUGGUCAAACUGACCCCAGACGACCCUCUGACGCUUAUCGUGUGUUCCUGUCAUCUUCAACCCACUCCUGCUAUGCAGCCAUGAGCUCUACGCUAUGGAGCCAGGAGAAGCCAGCGGGCAGUUUCCGGGACGAUUGGCGCUUUUACAUUGUGGUGAAGGAAUGCACGGUGGAAAGGCCAGGCCAGAAGACUCUGCGCAUCCCACGCGGCAGCCUAGGUCAGGCCUGCCAGGAGCGCAACAGCCUCGGACGCACAAUCCCAGCCAGCAAAGGUAAACGCAGCCUACGUAUCCUGGACCAGACCAAUGUAGUGGUGAGCGUGGAUGAACGGGAUGUGAUGGAGCUCGAGGAGAAGCUGGCGGAGCUGCUGUUCCCCAUCACAAACUGUGAAGAGCGUUACAGCCUGCUGUGCAACAGGUCGCGUCUGGACAGGGCCCGCGACAUCAACUGUGGGUCAAAAGUUCGAGUGCAGCUUAGGUCAGGUGAUGAGCCUCUUCCAGGCGUUGUCCGCUUUAAAGGAGCUUUGCUGCCUGAUCGAGCGCUGAGUGGGAUCUGGUUUGGUGUCGAACUGCUGGAGGAGGGUCGGGGUCAAGGUUUCACAGAGGGUUCUUAUCAGGGUCAGCAGCUGUUUCGUUGUGAAGAUGAAUGUGGAGUCUUUGUUGCACUGGAUAAACUUGAGCUCUGGGAAGACGAGGAGUUGGAGGUGGAUCGUGUGACGCUGGAGGAUAAUGACCCGGAAGAGGAAGGUGAAGCACCACCGCUGGAGAUCAACUCUCGAGUCUUGGUACAGACUCGGGAAGGACCGGAACGGGGCACUGUUAUUUUCUGUGACCUACUGCCUGGCAAUGAGAGUCUCGGAUACUACGUUGGCGUUGAUAUGGACAAUCCCAUUGGAGACUGGGAUGGGAUCAUCGACGGCAAACAGCUGUGUAAUUUUGCUAGUCUCGAACACACCCGUCUCGUCCCCAUCUGUGAUGUGAUGCCAGAAUACUCCAUGCAGGAUCAGAGGCUGCCCAAAGUCUUUGCCUGCAGGGGUGGCAAUGACAAACCUGUCAGCCAGAGCAAACCAAAGAGCAAAGGGUUAGGCCUGCAGCCUGGCAGCAGGAGCAAGUCUGAGUUUUAUUAUACACUAAAUGGCAGCUCAGUCGAUCACCCUGCCCAGUCCAAAGCCAAAAGCACAUGGUACAUAGAUGAAGUUGGCGAAGAUCCGGCCAAAUCCCUGACAGACACGCCGCCAGACUUCAACCCAAGCUCAUCCCCAUCUCGAGCUCCGCCCACCACCACCUCGCUGUCCAAUGACAACAAGUUCCACUCGCUGCCAUUCAGCUUGAGCCGAAAAGUUGGCCCCAAUGGCAGCAUGAGCCAUGGGCCCCUUUCUCUUUCCGCCGGCUCAGUGAUGGGGGAGCAGCCGGAGCUCCUGUCUGCUGCUACACCUCUGCAGAGGGCUCCAUCACCACCACAAGGCCAGCCAGGGUUAGAGGUUGGGUCAAUGGUGGAGGUCAAAGAGAACCCGCCGCUGUGUGGGGUCAUCCGGUGGGUUGGUGUCCCUCCAGGACUACAAGAGUCACUAGCUGGACUUGAGCUGGAGGAGGAGUGUGUGGGCUGCACUGAUGGUACAUUUAAAGGGAUUCGUUAUUUCACGUGUCCACCAAAGAAAGCUCUGUUUGUCAAACUGAAGUGCUGCAGGCCUGACUCACGGUUUCCUUCCUUACAUCAUUCACCAAACCCCAUAGAGCGAUGCAACUCUAUAGCUUUUGGGGGUUACCUGAGUGAAGUGGUAAAUGAAAACACUCCUCCGCGGACAGAGAAUGAUGGUUUGGAGGUGAUGGUGGGGAAGAAGAAAGGAAUUCAAGGACAUUAUAACUCCUGCUAUCUGGACUCUACAUUGUUCUGUCUUUUCUCCUUUAGUUCUGUGUUGGAUACGGUUCUCCUGAGGCCCAGAUCCAAGACUGAUGUAGAAUAUUAUAAAGAGACCCAAGAGUUACUGCGCACAGAAAUAGUCAAUCCACUACGAAUACAUGGUUACGUGUGCGCCACUAAAAUCAUGAAACUUCGGAGGAUACUGGAGAAAGUGGAGGCGGCGUCUGGAUUCACUUCAGAGGAGAAGGAUCCAGAGGAGUUCCUCAACAUCCUGUUUCAUCACAUCCUGAGAGUUGAUCCUCUUCUCAAACUUCGGUCUGCAGGGCAGAAGGUUCAGGACUGUUACUUCUAUCAAAUCUUCAUGGAUAAGAAAGAUAAAGUGAUGGUGCCUACCAGCCAGCAGCUUCUAGAGUGGUCCUUUAUCAACAGUGAUCUCAAAUUUGCAGAGGCCCCUUCUUGCCUUAUUAUUCAGAUGCCUCGCUUUGGGAAGGACUUUAAAAUGUUUAAUAAGAUCUUCCCUUCUCUGGAGCUUGACAUCACAGAUCUAUUAGACGACACCCCUAGAGAAUGUCGAAUCUGUGGAGGUUUAGCUCUAUAUGAGUGCAGAGAGUGCUAUGAAGAUUAUGACAUCACACCAGGAAAGAUCAAACAGUUCUGUGAAAAGUGCAAUACACAGGUACAUCUGCACCCACGGCGUAAGACUCAUCGGUAUGUGAAGUUAUCAGUCCCCAAAGAGCUGCACGAGUCAGUAUGGAGGCAGGGUUCUUAUCCUCACCAGCAGAUGGAGCUGUUCGCUGUGCUCUGCAUUGAGACCAGCCACUAUGUCGCCUUUGUCAAAUACGGAUCCGCAGACUCGGCCUGGCUGUUCUUCGAUAGCAUGGCUGACCGCGACGGUGGUCAGAAUGGAUUUAACAUCCCACAGGUGUCGCGGUGUCCAGAAGUUGGGGAAUACCUGAAAAUGACUCCUGAGGAACUCCACGCGCUGGACCCAAAAAACAUCCAGGGCUAUGCACGCAGACUUCUCUGUGACGCUUACAUGUGCAUGUACCAGAGUCCCACCAUGAGCCUCUAUAAAUAGAGAGGGAGAAAUGAAGAUGGAGAGAAAGGUAGGGAAUGACCAAGAUGGUGGACUAAGGGGAAAGGAGGAAUAAGUGCUGUGUCGAAGAGAGAAUGAGAAAGAAAAGCAGAAGAGGAACAUCUAGCUGCCUCAUCCUCUCUUCCGCAUCUCUCUCUGUUCAAGGCGCAGGGUAAAUACAGUCACGAGAGCGAACACGAUGUCGAGAGAAUGAACAAAAAAAAAAAGCGUAUUUGCACUGUGUGAGAGCGUAUGUGUUUGUGUGUGUGUGUGUGUGUGUUUUUGUUGAAGUGUUGUUGUUGUUUUCUCUGAGCUCAGACUCUUUGAGGUGGCGUUUUUGCUAUUUAAAUACAGAGGAUCCAUACUCGCUCACCUGACGGCUUCACAUUCAUCAUGUUCCGCCAGAACUGACCCUUCCAAACCGGCAACACAUUCCACUCCUGUAAACCAAGCCUCGGACGAAUGACCAAAACAGGAUGUUUUCCUUCUGUCUGAAUGUCAUCACAAGUCCCAUCUUAUGCACUGCAGCGUCCAGCAUUAAUUAGAGUCCAGACGCACCGUGUGUAGUCCCUGUUUUUUGCCUUUCUCUUUUGCUGUGAAGUCUUUCGUCCGGUGUGUUCACAUGCAGCAGAGCCCUCGACUGCCAUGCACUGGUCUGAACAAUGAGAUUAAGCACAGUUUUUUGGGACAUGAAGAAUAAUAUAAUUGAGCUUUUGCUGAAAUAGGACUUAUUUCAUUUUAUUUUGGUUUUUAUAAAUAUAAAUAUUAUAAUAGUUAUUUUAAAAAUUGCAAAAAAAACAAACAAAAAAAAAGCAGCUCCCCAGGUUAUGCUCGCAAAAUAUAAGUUCAUUAAUUGUUACAGAUACAUUAUGAUAAUAUUCCAAAAGUUAAGAAUUUGCAGUCAAGAAGUAGGUCAUGUUAUAAAGCGCUGAUUUCCAGCAUACGACAUUCUCCGGUUUCAGUCUGAACGCGCUCCUGUUAAACCGCAGUGCUGUUGGCUAAUCUGCAGUAACACUGUUCAUGGAGAAACCGGUUUGAUGAACCAUGCACACGUUUGCUAUGACUUGCCAGUUUGUUUACACACGGCCUGGUUUAAACCGAAGCGUUAUGAAAUGCCACAUGUAUGGGGACUGUUGUUUUUUUAAUCUCUGCUGAUGUAACCGUACACUAUGGGAGAGAUUCUCCGUGAGCGGCUGUAAUGGGAGAAAGGAUGACGACUGGUGUACUUGUGUAAAACGAAGCCAGGUGGACUUUAUUAUCUCUGUGCUGUUCUCUUAAAUGUUAACUAAAUUAAAACGCCAUUUUGAAAACA